GCGCGCCGGCAGUUCGGCCACGUCCCCCGGCCACGUCGCGCCCGCUCUCGCCAUCUUCGCCGCUUCUUCUCGGGGGCCGCCGCCGCCAUGAACAUAUUCCGGCUGACCGGGGACUUGUCCCACCUGGCGGCCAUCGUCAUUCUGUUGCUCAAGAUCUGGAAGACGCGCUCCUGCGCCGGUAUUUCUGGGAAAAGCCAGCUUCUGUUUGCACUGGUCUUCACAACCCGCUACCUGGACCUUUUUACUUCAUUUAUUUCACUCUAUAACACAUCUAUGAAGCUUAUCUACAUCGCCUGCUCCUACGCCACCGUGUACCUGAUCUACAUGAAGUUCAAGGCCACCUACGACGGGAACCACGACACCUUCCGAGUGGAGUUCCUGGUGGUCCCUGUGGGCGGCCUCUCGUUUCUGGUCAAUCACGACUUCUCUCCGCUUGAGAUCUUGUGGACCUUCUCCAUCUACCUGGAGUCGGUGGCCAUCCUGCCGCAGCUCUUCAUGAUCAGCAAGACGGGCGAGGCGGAGACCAUCACCACGCACUACCUGUUCUUCCUGGGCCUCUACCGCGCUUUGUAUCUCGUCAACUGGAUCUGGCGCUUCUACUUCGAGGGCUUUUUUGAUCUCAUUGCGGUGGUGGCUGGCGUGGUCCAGACCAUCCUGUACUGUGACUUCUUCUACCUGUACAUUACAAAAGUCCUCAAGGGAAAGAAGCUCAGCUUGCCAGCCUAAGUGCCAAAGACCAUGGCCAGCCUCUGUCCUUCAGGGUGCUCGGACAGAACUCCUCCCGCAACACAGGCAUAAGAUGCUCGAUUCGGAAAGGCAGGAAGGUCAUCUGUCGCAGAGGGUCGCCAGUGGCUCCGCGAGGACGCAGAGGACAAGAACCAGAGGGUUUCUGUUUAAUGCAUCUUGCCUUACCUUUUUUUAUUACUAUGUACAAAGAUUUUUUUACACAAAGAAACUUAAUGCUGUAUUAAUAAAUUCAGUGUGUAGCUUCAAUUGGGAUAGUUCCAAAAGUGAAGGUUUUGUGAGGAAUAAGUGCAAACCUUUUUUUUUUUAAUUCUUUGACAUUUUUGAUUCUUGGUGUCUACAAUGAAGUUAGACACCGACAGUUGGUACAGAACAUGUCCUUCCAUCUGGCCAGCUCGCAUUCCGCUAUAUUUAUUUUUAUUUUAUUUUAUUUUAUUUUUUUUGCCAAAAGAUGAAUUUGUAUUUGUUCAAGUUUGUUUCCCCUGCCACAGAAGUCUUUCCUGGGACAUCACAACACUACAUUAAGGUUAGGGUUAGGAUGACGUGCAAGUCCUACGGUUUUCAUGAUAGAAAUUGGAAGGCUCUGAAUGUGGAUGCAGUCUUAGUCCAGAGUCCCCAAAGGAGGCAGCCCUCCUCCCCUGCUCAGUCUGCCUCAGACUCCCAGGGGUGCCGGGCGGCUCGGGACACGGCGGGGACACGGCGGGGGCACGGCGGGGGCCGGGGGGACACAGGAUUCUGCUUUCCUGAGGAGUGGAACAUAAGUAUUCUGAUUGACAAUUCCAGAAGAUGACCCCAACCAUGUCCAUCCAUGCACAGAUCCAAAUAGUUUCUUAGGUGGAAAAUACUUUAGUUUGUUUUGUUUUAAUUGGCAACAUUAAUUGCCAUUCCAUAUAUUCUUUUUGUGUUUUUUUUUGUUUUAACUGAGCUCUUGCAUGAAUUAUCUUGUGAUACCAUCCUGAAUAAACAUUUUAUGAAACACGGA